AUGAAAACAUUCUGCGUACAUCUUAUUAUUAUCAUUUAUCUUUUAUUAUGUUCGAAAACAGAUACAUCAUCUGAAUAUGAAUCAGAUAAUAUAAAUCAUGAAAAAACAAAAUAUUUUCGUGAAGAAAAUGACAUAUUGUCCACCUCCACCAAAUGGGAUAAAUACAUAAGAUUAAUUGAAAAUGCUGAAGAAAGUCAUUUAAAUCAAACAAGUGAUGAUAAUCAUCGAUCAAUAUUUUGUCAACAAAUUGAUAAUGAUUUUGCCUAUUGGAAGAAUCAAUCGAUUGAUGAUAUAAAAAGUCGAUUAAUUGUUAGUGAAACUCUCGCUAAAACCUAUCGUCUUACAUUAUAUCAAGUAAUUAAUCAUCGAUUAUAUCGUCAAACAGAAGAUCAAUUAAUAUUUCCAGCACGAAACUAUGGAAUCGAACAUUUUCUUUUAAAUAUAAUUGAUUCAUUACCAGAUAUGGAAUUCUUAGUGAAUACAUAUGAUUGGCCACAAAAUCAACUGAACAUUCCAAUUUUAUCAUUUAGUAAAUCAUUAUUAUCUCGUGAUACAGAUAUACUUUAUCCUGCAUGGGCAUUUUGGGAUGGUGGACCAGCAUUAGGUAGUGUUUAUCCAACAGGUAUUGGUCGUUGGGAUAUUAUGCGACAAACAUUAAAUAAAGCUCGUCAAAAUUAUCCAUGGUCAAAAAAAGAAUCUCGUGGUUUUUUUCGUGGUUCACGAACAUCAUCUGAACGUGAUCCACUUGUUUUAUUAUCUCGUAAUCAUCCGGAAUUACUUGAAGCACAAUACACAAAAAAUCAAGCAUGGAAAUCUGAUGCCGAUACAUUAGGUUAUCCACCAGCUGGUGAAUUAAAACAUGAAGCAUUUUGUCAAUUUAAAUAUUUAUUUAAUUUUCGUGGUGUUGCUGCAUCAUUUCGUUUACGACAUUUAUUUUUAUGUGGUUCACUUGUUUUACAUGUUGGAUCAGAUUGGAUAGAAUUUUUUUAUGAACGUCUUCAACCAUGGUAUCAUUAUAUACCAGUAACAACUGAUUUACAUGAUGUUGAAAAUAUUUUAUUAUUUGCUCAAAAUAAUGAUCGUUUAGUAAGUAAAAUAGCUCGACAAGGACGUGAUUUUAUUUGGAAUUCUUUAACAAUGGAAAAUGUUGAAGGUUAUUGGAAAGAACUUCUAUUAGAAUAUUAUAAAUUAUUUGGAAAUGAUAGAAAAAUUACAAUGAAAACAAAUUUUGUUCAAGUUGAGCGACGAUCAAAACCAUAA